CAGGAGAUAAAGAUGGGAAAAAAGGGGUUGCUGCUGCUGGCUGCUGCUGCUUGCGGCGGUCAGAGUCACAGCGACAUGCGAGGCCCCAGUCAAGACACAGCCGCGGAAGCAGAGCCACACUGAGCAGUGCGAACGCAAACAGUCCGAGUCGGAGACAAACCGCUUGCCGUAGGCCGCAGCCCCAGCGGGGGCCAUGACAAGCGCGUUCAGCGAAUAGUCCCCCGAGACUGCACCAGCGCAUCGACGCUCCGAGAUGGCCGUCAAGGCCCUGGCCGAGGCCGCGCCCCGCCUGCUCUGCGGGCUUUUGCUGCUGCACCUGCUGCUGCAGGGCUGCGUCGCGAUUUACGAUCCCGGUGACGACCUGGACGACGUCACCACCCCCACCAACUUCGACGACGACGAGGGCGCCGGCGUCCUCACGGUGCACGCGGGCAAGAAGAAGCCGCCAGUGAGGUCCUGGGGCGCGCCCGCCGUGCCGCCCACCCCGCCCCCAGCCCGGGACGCUCGGGACAACCCCUGCCCGGAGAGGGGCUGGAGGAAGAAGCGGGCGGCCAAGGCGGCCAAGCCGACGCCCGUCCGCAUCAAGCUGGACCAGACCAAGGCCAAGCGGGACGUCAGUGACUACCACUGCCCGGAGUCCUGGAAAGAGCUGAACUUCCUGGAGGUGGAGGAGCUGGAGUGCCCCGACAACGCGACGGGCUGGUUCCCCUUCCCGCCGGACUGCCGCAAGUACCUCAACUGCUGGAAGGGCCGCGGCUUCCUGCAGGCGUGCGCCCCGGCCACGCUGUUCCACCCCAUCCGCCGCGAGUGCGACUACCCGCAGAAGGUCAAGUGUCUGCCCAACUGCCGCUCCGGUCCGCCAGCCCGCGGCACCGAUAGCAUCAUCGACGGCGACCCGACGGACUUCGAGGACCCCGACGACCCGAACGCUGCCUCGCCCCUCCUCGACGUGCGCUCUGCAGCGGGGCCUCUGAGGCGCGUCCCCCCCGGACACGCCGACGCCACUCCACCCCCUCGCGCCGGCCGCGGCCGGCGGCAGACCUUCCACAGCGCGCGCCUCGCCGGCGCCGGCGGCGUGCAGUGCCUCAUGGAGGGCGGCACCGGGCUCGCGGCGCACCCCGUCGACUGCACCAAGUUCAUCAACUGCUGGCAGGGCAAGCCCCACGUGCAGAGCUGCGCCCCCGGCACGCUGUUCAACCCGCGCUUCAACGCGUGCGACCACCCCAACAAGGUGCCCGAGUGCGUCAACGGCAAGCGAGACCCCUCAGCCGCCACGGUGGCGGCCACGACGGCGCGGCCAUCCAGCUACCGCCAGCAGGACUACACGCAGAGCUACACGCAGGGCCACCAGCACGGCGGCUACAACCAGUUCGGCAACCAGGGCUACCAACCGCCACCCCGGCAGACCUUCCACAGGCCGGGCCCGGACGGCCAGGACGCUGACCAGACCGCCGCGGCGAGCUCUUUCCAGGGAUACGGACCGAACCAGGUGGCUCCGCCGCCGGGCCCCAAGGGGAAGGGCCUGUACCCAGAGCUGCAGCCCCUGCAGCCAGUGCAGCCCUCGCAGCAGUACGGCGGCGGGUCGAAUCCGAGUCGAGACACCAGCCCCGCCAGCCCAAACCCGGACUCGGAAGUGGAGGACUUCGGGAUCGGCUCUGCUGGUGUCAUUGGGCCCCUACCCAAUGGGCGGCCUCAAGAUGGCCAUCAGACGGGCCACCAUGCCCACCACGGCCAGGGAGCCGGCCACAGCGAGGACUGGCACAGAGACCACGGCAUCCCCAUGCCUGCGCGAGACCUACCUCCGGGACACAGCCCCGCCUACCACCAGCAGCACCACCAUCACCACCACAACCAUCAACACCAACCGGGCCACAACCCCCAAUGGCACAGGGAUCACGGCGUUCCAAUGCCGGGUGGACACACCCCUUCUCAAGGAUUCAGACCACCUCAGGGGGGCUACACCCCACAGCCCAGCGGCUACACCCCAACACAGGGUGGCUACAACCACCAACAUGGGAGCUACAACCCUCAGCAGGGAGGCUACAGCCCCCAGCCAGGUGGCCGCAAUCCGCAGCAGGGAAGCUACAACCCCCAAGGAGGCUACAACCCCCAGCAGGGCAGAUAUCCUCAGGGUGGCUACACCCCACAGCCAGGCGGCUACACACCUCCACUCGAUGACUACAACCCCCGGCCGAGUGGCUACCCCGGCGGCUACCGCCCCCCGGGCUCGCCGAACAACCCCCAGUGGCACCGCGACCACACACCCACUCCGGCCGGCGGCAGGGGUGACUACGGGGGCCCGACCACGCCGGCGUACCCCGCGACCACGACGUGCGAGCCGGACACUGACUUCGACCUGGACCCAGAACUGGACAUCCGGAACGGCAACGGCGUGGAUUUGGAGUCCGGCUCCAGCAACUGGCUCGACGUCCUGGACCGCACCAGGAACUUCAGCCGGCCGCAGUCGGGACAGAUGGUGCGCAUCCGCGGCGGCCCCACGCCCCUGGAGGGGUACGUGGAGGUGAUGGGGCCCGGCUCCCAGUGGGGGUCGGUGUGCGACAAGCCCGCCAACUGGACCGUGGAGGAGGCCAGCAUCGUGUGCAGGACACUGGGCUACGAGAGGGGCGCCGAGCUGGCGUGGCAAGGCCGCCCCCGCAGCGCCAUGGGCGUGCUGCCCGUGCACGUGGAGGAGGUUCUGUGCACGGGGCAGGAGCGCUCCCUGGUGUCCUGCUCCAUGCGCUCUGGGGACGCCGGCGAGGGCUGCAACCUGGAGACCCAGGCCGCGGGCCUGCGCUGCUUCCCGAACUACGCGGCGCGCUGCCGCCCCGGGGAGAAGCCCUUCAAGGGAUCCUGUUACUCGCUGGUGGUCCCUAGGCAGGACCGCAAGGUGGACGCCAUCGCCUUCUCGCAGGACGAGGCCAUCAAGCACUGCAAGACGCAGGGCGGGCACCUCAUGGACAUCAACAGCCAGGCGGAGAGCGACUUCGUGUCCGAGUGGCUGACGGCGUCCUACCCGGCGCUGGGCAGCGUGCUGACGGCGGGCGUGGGCGUGUCCGUGCCGGGCAGGGACGUGUGGGUGUGGGAGGGCACGGGCGCACCGUUCCAGUUCAACCUCUGGUGGCCCGGCCCGCCCAGCAAGGAGUUCGAUUCGGCCAAGGCCCCCAAGGUGGGCGAGCGGUCGCUGUGCGUGCUCCUCAAGAAGGACUUCCCCUGCAGCUCGUGGCCGGGCGCUGGCGGCGGUGCGGGCGGCUCAGGCGGUGCGGGCUACGGCAACUGGCAGGGCGCGCGGUCCUGCGGGGCGGAGUACUUCUACUGGCACGCCGAGGACUGCGCCAUCAGGCAGAAGUCGUACCCCUACGUGUGUGAACGCAGAGCCGAUGACGUGGGUUGCCUCGGCCCGAGCGGCACGGAGUACGACGGCACGGCCAACGUGUCGUGGAUCGGGCAGCCCUGCGUGUCCUGGGACGCCCCGGCCGCCGUGUCGGCGCUGCGCUACCGCGUGUCGGACGAGGUGCGGCGCGCCACGCUGGCCGGCCACAACCACUGCCGGCGCGUGGCCAGCGGCAGCGCCUCGAGCAGCGACCCGUGGUGCUUCGUGGACGCCGGCAACGCCGGCAUCAAGGCGGAGCGCUGCGACGUGCCGCUGUGCAGGCAGAAUACAGCCAUCAGCAGGGCCGCCCUACACUGCGGGCCCCAGCAGUUCGAAUGCGGCCCCAACGAGUGCAUCCCCAGCGUGUGGCAGUGCGAUGGUGAACCGGACUGUAGCAACGGCCUGGACGAGCAGGCCUGCUCCAACUACCUGCUGGACUUCAAGGCGGUGCGGGCCGCCAAGCUGGAGCGCCACGACGUGGAGCGCUGGCUGCACCUGGACGCCAAUACGUGCGCGCGCCGCUGCCUCGACUCCACGGAGUUCACCUGCAAGUCCUUCAGCCACAAGAGCUCCACCAAGGUGUGCCUGCUGAGCGGCUCCAACGUGGGCGAGACCGGGUCCCUGGCGACGGCGAACCGCACGGCCUGGACGUACUACGAGCGCGUCAAGCUGAGCGUGGCGUGCGACGGCCCAGCGCGCUUCCAGUGCGCCAACGGCAAGUGCAUCAACGCCACGGACAGCUGCAACGGCAGGGACGACUGCGGGGACCGGUCCGACGAGGCCCCGGCCGCCACCAGCUGCACGCCGGCCAAGAUCGGCUACGAGCUGCGCCUGGCGGGCGGCAAGGCCAAGAGCGAGGGCCGCAUCGAGGUCAAAGUGAACGGCAUCUGGGGGGCGGUGUGCGACGACGGCUUCGGGCUGCCCGAGGCCGACGUGGUGUGCCGCGAGGCGGGCUACCGCGACGGCGCCGUCGAGGUGCUGAGUGGCGGCGUGCUCCCCGCGCCGUCCAAGCCCCUGCCCAUCCUGGUGGACGAGCUCAUGUGCGCCGGCAACGAGACCUCCCUGAUGCGCUGCGAGCACGCGGGCUGGGGCGUGCACGACUGCACGGCCGAGGAGAUGGUGGGCGUGCGGUGCGCCACGGCCGCGGGGCUGGAGUGCAAGGCGGCGGACACCGCGUCCCCCGAGCUCCACGGCGGCUUCGCGUGGGGCGCCAUCCUGCAGCUGGCCACCAAGCACUGCCGCCAGUCCAGCCGCGCCUGCCCGGAGAACCACUGGCAGUGCGAGUCCGGCGAGUGCGUGCCCGCCAAGUUCCUGUGCGACUCCGUGGAGGACUGCAAAGACGGCAGCGACGAGCACACCAAGCGCUGCGCGGAGCCGAUGAGCAUGCGCCUGGUGGGCGGCGCCAACCCCAAGGAGGGCCGCCUGGAGGUCAAGGUCUACGGCGAGUGGGGCACCGUGUGCGACGACGACUUCAACGAGGCCGCCGCCAUGACGGUGUGUCGCACCCUGGGCAUGCCCGGCAAGGCCGCCGUCAAGAAGGAGGCGCACUUCGGCCAGGGCCAGGGCAUCAUAUGGAUGGACGACGUGCGGUGCGCGGGCAACGAGUCCGCCCUGGAGAAGUGCCGCCACGAGGACUUCGGCGUGACCAACUGCAAGCACGACGAGGACGUGGGCGUGGAGUGCCUGGGCGGCGACGAGCAGGCCGCCACGCGCGCCCUGGAGGAGAAGGCGGCCAGCGACCGCCACGUGGACAUCAACAAGUACCUGCCCAGCGACUGCGGUACUCGGCCGCCCCUGGAGGACGAGUUCACCCCCACGGUGCAGCUCGCCAAGGUGGUGUCGGGCCGUGGAACGCCGCGAGGAGCCUACCCGUGGCAGGCCAGCAUACGCGUGCGCUCCGGACUCAAGUCGGUGCACUGGUGCGGGGCUGUGCUGGUGGGGCCGCAGCACGUGCUCACCGCGGCGCACUGCAUGCAGGACUACACCAAGAAGGCCUACUUCGUUAGGGUCGGCGACCACAACUCGGAGGACGAGGACGGGACGGAGCAAGAGUUGGACAUCGAGUCGCUCCACUCGCACGAGGACUUCAACAAGAACGUGUACUUGGAGAACGACCUGGCGCUCAUCCGGGUGGCCAGCCCCGGGUUCCGCAUGACGGACUCUGUGCGGCCGGCCUGCAUGCCCAAGCACAACACGAACUACGCGCCCGGCACCAACUGCUCCAUCUCCGGCUGGGGCUCCGUGGGCACGUCCGGCGCGGGGUACUCGAGGCUGCUGCGGUCGGCGUGGCUGCCCAUCCUGCACACGGACGCGUGCAGCGCGCCCAGCGUGUACGGCAAGAAGGCCAUCGUGGCCGGCAUGUUCUGCGCGGGACACCUCGACGGCGGCGCCGACUCCUGCCAGGGCGACUCGGGAGGGCCCAUGGUGUGCCUCUCAGACCAAGAUCGCUUUACUCUGUACGGAAUCACCAGCUGGGGUCAUGGCUGUGGAAUGGCAAACAAACCUGGAGUCUACUCCAAUGUGGCUCACUAUUUGGACUGGGUGCAUGACAAGAUUCGAAAGUCUGUUCUCUCCUCUGGCUGAAACGAUGAGAGGAAGUAUAAACUAAAAACAUUUCAUCAAGAUAUGAUACUACCAGAGCGGGAUAAACAUAUGUAAUUUUCGCAAAAAUCGACACUGUAAAUGUUCCAUUACAGAGAAUGAAUAGAAGACAUCGGCAAACUUCUGGGUCAGUU